AAAAGGGAUUCACAAUCUCCUCAAAAUGAGUUUCAACCCAAGAAUUAAAAAGAGCAUGUCUUCUUGUUCUUUGCCUCUUCAUGUUGCAGCCAUUUGUGCUGUUUUGAUCUCUUUCUUGGGUUGUGCUGAUGGCCUCUCCGCUAAACAAGUCAUAGACUCUCCUUUAUUGACAGAGAAAAUUGCCACCAACAGAACUAUUGUGGUUGAUAUCAAUGGCAAGGGAGAUUUCACGUCUGUCCAAGAAGCCAUUAAUUCUGUUCCGAAGAACAAUGACGGAUGGAUUAUCAUCCAUGUUAGAAAAGGGGUUUAUAGAGAAAAGGUUCAUGUACCUAAGAGCAAACCUUACAUCUUCAUAAGGGGUAAUGGGAGAGGAAGGACGGCCAUUGUCUGGUCACAAAGUUCUCCUGAUAAUAAGGCGUCUGCAACAUUCACCAUGGAAGGUCCCCAUUUCAUUGCCUUUGGUAUUAGCUUUUCGAAUGAGGCUCCCACUGGAGUUGCUUAUACAUCACAGAAUCAGUCAGUGGCAGCGUUCGUGGGUGCAGAUAUGGUUGCAUUUUAUCACUGUGCAUUCUUCAGUACCCACAACACUCUCUUUGAUUACAAAGGAAGACAUUACUAUGACAAUUGUUACAUCCAAGGCUCUAUCGAUUUCAUUUUUGGCCGUGGAAGGUCAAUGUUUCAUAGCUGUGAGAUCUUUGUUAUUGAUGACAAGAGGGUGACAAUUCAUGGGUCCAUAACAGCUCAGACCAGGGAGAACAGACUUGACAAUAGUGGGUUUGUGUUUGUCAAAGGAAAGGUUUAUGGCAUUGGUGGUGUCUAUUUAGGAAGAGCGAAAGGUGCCUAUUCCACUGUGGUUUUUGCAAAUGUGUACUUGUCGAAGACCAUUGUUCCUGCAGGUUGGACCAAUUGGAGCUAUGACGGUCCCACUGAAAAUCUAUUUCAUAGGGAAUACCGGUGUCACGGACCAGGAGCUGAAACAAAAGGUCGUGCCCCAUGGUGGAAAGAACUUACAUAUGAAGAAGCUGCGCGCUUCACAUCCAUUGACUUCAUAAAUGGCAAAGACUGGCUUCCUGUAUGGCUAUGAAAUUCAUAGUCGGAGAUGCUUCUGUCCUACAAAUUACACAAGAAUAGAAGAGUACAUGCUCAUAAACCUUCAUCUUGACGGCUGUUUUCUAUAUGUGAUCAAGAAAUGUAGGGCUAUGCUUGAACGAAUUUAGAAGAAAAACCAUAAUGUAUGGGUAAAGAAACUUGUGCUUCAUGUGCAGCAGGUUUAAACUUUAUUGCCAUAUCUCCAAAUUAUGUAUUUUCCGUAAGAUAGUUGUUGCUGUCUGGUAUAAAUAUUGUAAGUUCAU